AUGAUAUUAAUUCUAAUUGCUAUUAUUAUUGAAAUUGCUAUAUUUGUCAUAUGUAAGAAACGAAAAGCAUGUUCUACUGAUAUUGGGACAAUCACGAACCAAAAAACAUUCCGCGAUGUUGGUGUACAAACCAACGACGACUUUUUUGAAGAAUAUUCAUUGUUACCAAGUGAGAAUAAAAGCCAUGAUAGUAGUACAGCUAAUUUGGGCACUUGUAUGGAUCAAAAAGACGAGUUACCGCCUAAAACAAAUGUUAAUGAUAAUGCCAAAUCUUUAAAAGACAAUGAUGCUAAUGCUAAAGAUUCAAAUUAUCAAGAAGCUGCCGAUUUUGAAAAUAAACCAGAUCCUAGUGUUGAUGUUGCAAAAAUUAAUGAUCCCAAGAAUGUCUCAUUGCAAGAAAUCCAUGAUGAACCUGUUGAUAUUUCUGAUUAUGAAGAAUCUCGUAUGGAUAAUGAUAAUAUUGAACCCGAAUCCGAAACAGUUGGUGGCGAUGUUGCAAAAAUUAAUGAUACCAAAAGCGCUAGAUCACAUGAAAAUCAUGAUCAAUAUGUUGGCUUUAGCUCUGAUUAUAAAAAACCUUGGAUGAAUAAAGAUAUUGGACCUAAAUCCGAAACAGUUAGUUGUGAUCAUCAACAACAGAUCUCAAAUUAUCCAAUUACCGAUGAUAGUAAUUUUGAUUGGUGCAAUGAGGCUUCUAGAAGUGUUACAUUUCAAGAAGCUUAUGACAACAGACUUAAUAAAUUAGAUAACAAUGUUUGGGAAUCAAACAAUGAAUAUGAUGAUAAAAACAAUCAUUGGCUAACGAAAGCUUCUAUGUUCGGAGAAGAAUUGAAAAAUUCUACAAAUAACUAUUAUAGAAUUAGAAAUGAUAGACCUCAAAGUAAAGGCAAAGCUCCCAUUUAUACUUCACAAAGGAACAAUUCACAACCGCAACAAUGCAAUCAACACUAUAGCAGCACCAGUGGAAAUUAUUAUAAUGAUUUAACAGUCAUUAGUCAAAAUUAUUCUUGA